AUGUCGCUCUCGGUCUAUGGACAUGGACGAGAGGUGUCUCUUCUUCGAUGGGAAAGCUUUUCCUGGCCGAAAACGACUGCAUCACUAAAGCAGAGAGAGAGAGAGAGAGAGCGUCGAGGCGUAUUUGUCCCCAGGUUCCUACAAUUGUUUGGUCGAGACACCCUCUGGCACUGCGAAGUAGCAGGGACAUUUCGCUUGCCAUCUGCUACGCCGUCGCGUCGUGCGAUGGUGAGGCGAGAGGAGUGCAGUGUCGAAGCGUGGAAAGGAUGCCGAUACUUCCUGCUUGAAACAGAGCGGGAGCAAGGAGUCCGUGGGCUAAUGAACUGA